AUGGCGUCGUCGGCCAAGAUUGACUUGUGUCGGCCACAAAACGGCUGCCUCAACGACCUGCCCUCCACAUCGACCGGCAUUCGACCGGUGAAGCCGGAGCUCAAGUCCGAGUUGAAGACCGAAAAUGGCAGCGACGAUGAGAAGGCGCCAACUCUGCAUCGGGAAACGGAUCUAGUGUACGAUUCGGAUUCGCCCAAGAAGUCACCGCUCAUAUUGGUAAGGGAAUGUCAUUUUUUAUGAGAUUUUGAACUUUAGGACAGUGGAAAAGGCAUUAUAAGGUCAUUUUAUGGCUUUGGAAGAGCGUUUGUGCCGUUAUAAUACCUACUCUAUAACUAAAAAACGUGUUGGAGCUUUUUAAAAAAUAGAAGUAGAGUGGAAGAUUUGUAAUGUAUUUUGCACUAAAAAUCUUCCACUCAGAUUCCAUUUCUAAAAUAUGUCAAAAAUCUGUUUUUAAGCAAUUUUAAGUCAUUUUGAAAGUGGCAGUUCAGUGGAAGAUUUUCACUGCAAAAUGCAUUACAAAUCUUCCAUCCAACUUCCAUUUCCAAAAAAGCCCGCUUUGGUUUUUCUUUGAAAGCUUUUGGUUUUUAAAGACCUUUUUGCCUAUUUUAUCUUUUCACCACCACUAAAACCUCAUUUUUCAGAAGCCAGACCCCGAUCGUCCCUCCUCUUCGACCAAUUACUCCGACCUACAUCCAGAAGAGUACAAUAACCGAGAGUGGAAUAUCGAAAAGAUUCAGUAUAACACGUCAGCGGCCUAUAAUUCGGUGACAUCGAGGCUGACAGACUCGUUGUCAUCGAAUUUGUACGAUCCGAAGAAGCAGAAGACUGGAUUUGCAUAUUACACAAGAGAUAAGGAGGACUUCAAGUGUUUCAGUGAUGAUAAUAGGACGUUCUACAGGAUUGGGGACUACGUUUAUCUUGAGAUGGAUGCUUCUAGUCCUUAUGUCAUUGGCAAAAUUGAUUCUUUCAAAAUGGUAAGGAACUUAAAGAUUAAGCCUCUAAGGCUAGGUGUACUAAGCCUAAGCCUACUAAGCCUAAGACUACUAAGCCUACGCCUACUAACUUUAAGCCUACUAAGACGAAAACCUAAGACUACCAAGUCUUAGCCUACUAAGCCUAAGCCUCUAAGAAAAACCUGCUAAGCCUAAGCCUUCUACGCCCAACCCUAGUACUUUUAUUGUUUUAAUACUAGGCUUAAGUUUUUAAGUCUAAGCCUAGACUUACCAAGCCCACUAAGCCUAAGCCUUCUAUCAAGCCUGAGCCGAGUGAGCUCAUGCCUUAAAGACAAGAUCUAUUAACCCUAAGCCUACUAAGCCUAGCUUCAUUAAGCUUUAACAGAUUUAACUUAAGCAUCCUAAAAACUAAGCCUACUAUGCUUACAACAGCUGAGUCUAAACCUGUGUUUACCAAGCCUAAAAUCACCCUAUUUUCAGAAAAAAGCGAGUUCAAAAAACACGCUACAAGUUCGUUGUACAAAGUUUUUCCGCCGCGAUGAACUGAUCGCCGAUGCUAUAUCACUACUCGAUUCAGAACGAGCGGAUUCUGGAGUUGUGGAGAACAAUUUUGACGUGAAGUCAAGGGAACUAUUCCCUUCUGAAUCUCAGGUCACUGCUCAAAUUGGGUGCUUACGGUAUGUUUUGUACUAGAUUACUCUAGCUUUAGGACCUUGGAUGCUUUAGGCUACUGUAACUUUAAUUUUUGAAAAUAAGGUUACUGUAACAUAGAAUAGUAAGAGAAUUUUUGUCACAAAGGGUACUAGACCUAACUGCUAUAGAUGAGUAGGUACCACACAUAACUACUAUAGCCCAGUAUCGUUUUCAACAAGUAAGGCCCGGAGGUUUACUGUAACACUAUUACUGUAACACAAAGCACAAAACUGUUUUUUCAGGGGCCUAUGUACAGUACUGGAUAAAAGUGUACAAUUCAUGCUAGAAAACGGGAUUCAAGGCAAAGACACCUUCUUCUAUUGCAUGUCAUAUACCUCAGAGACCGGUCGAAUCGCCAUGUUUCAUCCUGAAAUCAGGAUCGGCAAGAACCAUCAGGUAUGAUUUCUUAUACAAGGCUUUUAUGUUGUCAUUUCUUAAUAAACCGUAUUUUACAUUUUUGCCCAAUCCUAACAAAAUUUUUAGGCCGAAAUCCCGAAAUGUUACUCAACCAACACGAAUAAGGUGAAAGCACAUGAAAAAGACCGUGAACAACUCCUAUUCGAACCAGGGCGAGUAUCAGAAGAGACGGAAAAGCUAUUUGUAGAAAAUGUCAAGAACUACCGGCGAACUGCGGCCGAGAAUUGCCCCAAAAUGAACGAUUUGGAAAAGAAGGCCUUUUUGGGCGAUCGUGCUCAAAAUGACGCUUGUGAAGUUGUAAGUCAACUUUUUGACCCUUUUGGCCCUUUUUUGUUGGGCGGGGUAAUUUUUAUUUUUUUUUUGAAAUUUUGAAAAUGUAGUGAUUUCCCUGGAAUAAUAGUCUUAUUUUACAUUAAAAACCAAAUUUUCAGUUACAUCGCUGCAACUACGACGCGAGAGAAGCGAUCAAGAAGGCGAUGGAGGAGGACAAGAUCUACCUCGAGAACAAAGCCUUCAUGUCGGCCGAAGAUUGUAAGAAAUUUGUUAAAGGUCUUCGGAAUUACGGCAAAAACUUUCACAAAAUCUCCAAGGAAUACUUUGGAACCAGUUUUACCAGAGUAAGUUUGAUAUUACUGAGUUUUUUUUUAUUUACAAGGAAGGUACCCGACCUGCAACGCUCUGGUUUCGUUCAAAUUCCUUGAAAGGUCACGUAAAUGUAAGACUUUAUGCAAAUUAAUAAGUUGCGGUUUGCGGCCAGACUUGAAAAAACCGAGAUCAAAAUAUUGCGUUUUGAAUUUUCCGCCAAAUUGGCAUAGUGUUUCAAGCUUUUAACUUCGCCAUUUUUUGAAAUUUAACUAUUUUUCUUUAAUAUAACGAUAGAAAAGCUUCAAAUGAACCUGCAAUUUUAAAUUUGUAAGCCUCUUAUAAAAAAAAAGUGCUUGCAACACAAUGCCAAAUUUGCCGAAUUGGCGGAAAAUUUAAAUAUAUUAAUUUUAAAACUUAAAACUGCAAGUUAAGACUUUUUGUAUGUGCUACUGGUACUACAAAGAAUCCGUAUAAGAAUUUUGAGCCAAUUCUGAGAGUUGUCGGUUGGGUACUUUCCUUGUUAAUCGUAUAAUACCACCUUUGACCCAAAAAGACAAAAAAAUAAUUUUUUAUCGUAUAACUUGUCUCCCAAAAAACGAUGGCCAUUCUUUCUAUACAAUUCGUAAUUAAAACGCCACAUUGUUCUGAAAACCCCGCAACCCCCUCCCCUUCCAAAAUUUCCAUAAACGAAUCCCAGCGUUUUUAAGCAGCUUAGCGAGCAGCUCUAAGUUCGUCGUUAUCACCGUUCACGUGAAGGUUGGGUUCACGUGAGCAAGAAUGUUUAAACAAAGUUCGGAACGCGUUUAUUUUCGCGAUUAUAUUCUUGCUUGUUGAUUUCGACCGACAAAAAAAUUCGUGGAAUAUAUCGAUUUUUCGGCGGGGUUUGGCUUGAUUUGAAUUUUAGUUGGUUUAGACUACAGCUGUAAAGGGGCCGGGCCCAAUUUUUGUGUCUGGUUCCUUUUGAAUCAGCUUCGGUCUAGCCGGGCCUAAUAAGCCCCCAUUCAGGGCUAGUUUAGGCAUCCUUUUAACUGUGGGUUUUAAGCAUAACUUUAGAACCACCGUUAAGGUCAAGUUUUCUUAAAAAAUGCCAUUUUCUAGACGAUACAGCUCAUAGAUAAUAUAAUACCAAUCUUUAUACAACCCAAUUAACAAAAAAACUAAUUUCAGGACGAACUAGUUCAUUAUUACUACUACUGGAAGAAAGAGACCGACGCUUUCAAACCCAAGAAUCCAACUAGAAAGUCGAUUUAUCCGCCCGCCAAACGCACCACCCGCAACGGCACCGCCACCCCCACCCCAUCCGACCUCAUCGACUAUGAUUCGUUGAGUGAGGACGAAGAAGGCGCGCUACAUCGUGCUUGUCAUCAUUGCUACACGUCUGGUAAGCUUUUUAACAAUAUGUUUUAAAAAUUAUUGUUAAGGUGGCAUGUUAUACGAUGAAACAUGUUUUUUGAUAUUAUACAUGUUUCAUCGUAUAGCAUGAUCAAAGCAGUCAGAAACAAAAAAAAUAUAGCUUCUUGUAAAAAUUGAGGCCUAAACUACAAAAAAAUAGCCUAAAAACCCCGAUAAAAGUACAUUUUUAAACCACUUCAAAUUUCUGCCCAAAACACCUUUGACCGUAUAAAACGUCUCAAAAGUGUAAAACCACUAGCGCAAGCACACAGUGUAAAGUACAAAAAACGCAAGCACGACCACAGUUUCCUGUUAAUUUUCAAUUACUUUUUAUACGACAAAAAAACUGGCGUGCCGAAGGUUUAAAGGUUGAAUAGUAUACAUCUUUGGCCAUUUACUUUUGCGUUUUCGGCCAUACGAGUUUCAUAUUUUCGGGAGUUUUGGUGUUGUACAGCGUGACUUGCGUUGUUUUUAGAAUUUUUUAGAAUUGUUGUAUAUCUUUUAUUAUCAGAACCAGAAAAAUCUAUAUUACCAUCAGCUACCUGCUACAACAUCCCUAUUAAUCCUAAAUCCUUUCAGACAGUCGAGAUUGGCACCACAGCGGAACCGACCGUCAACUCUUGUGCACCAACUGCCGGCACCAUUUCAAAAAGUACGGCAGUAUGAGACACGUAGAGAACAAACCCGAACGACCCCCAGCCGCUUUAUGCCGAGAACAAACCCCAACCUCAAAUGAAGAUGGAGAAGAUGGUGGUAUUAGGACAAGGUCUACCAGAGCUAACCGACAUCGAACCCCAUGUGACGAUAGGCUAAAUAGGAACGUGGAUUCUGAGCCAGAGAGACGAACAACACCACAAAGAAGCGUCAAAGUUAGGAAAAGAAGCUACAACGUUUCGACUGGUAGUGGGGAAGAUGUAGGUUGAUUUUUUGAUACCAAGGUUACAGAUAUUGACAAUGUGUUUGGACUUAUUAAAUGCAAAAAACAAUGGGCAAUACUAUCAAAUAAAUUUAGAGUCAGCUUCUGCCGAAAAACUCAUAAAACAAUCGAUUUCCCAAAAAAAAUAUGUCAAAAACUAAAAAUCUAAGUUUAAAACUAAAUUUUUCAAAUUCCAGAAUCACUCCAACGUCAACAGUCCACGCAAAAAGGACAAAGACGUCAAGAACAAGGAGAAAAAAGAUAAAGACGUCGCGGAUUUGCCCCCGGUCUUGGAAAACGAAGCCAAGAGAGAUCAAGAGCUUCGAGAAACAUCGUCAUCACGAACAUCAUCGUACGAUGGAGAAAACGGAACAUCGAAAAAGCGUGAACGCCUCAGCCCACCACCUGAACCUAACGCCAGAGACAUGAAAGACAAUGACGUACCUCCUGAACCCAAACCUGAUAUUAACGAAAAUGGGUAGGUUAAUAUAGACAAAAAAUUAGAAAGUGGUAACUAAAUUCUAGAUCUUGGGUAUUUAAGACGAAUAAAGAUAAACAAACGUGUAAAACUUCUAAAAGACAACCAAUGGAUAAUAUAAAUAUACUAUUAAAACACAAAAAUCGCACAAAAAUAGAGACCUAACAUAAUAUAAUACCUCUUAUUUAUCUAACUUUGCCCAACAAUUAACCAAAUUCCCUUUCCAGAGACAUAGAAGACGAUGGUUAUGUCUGGGAACCGCCAAAAAACGAGUGGAACAUAUCAAAUCAAGAGCAUACGAGGAUAAAACGACUAGUCGAAAUCACGGACCAAAGUCAAGACACCUGCGCGCGAACUCAAAUCGUUUUGGAAAUUUUUGGAGACACAGAAUGGCAAAGAAAACGACGAGAACGUGCUGAAGCUCGUGCUAAACAACAACAGCAAAAAGCUGAAGAAGCUAGUAAGGCUCAACAAGCGGCCACUAGCCAAAAUUCGUUGGCUGGCCUAGCUUCUUUGGCCAAUAACGCUGGGGGACUGGUUCCGCAAAUGGGAAGUCUGGCUAAUGGAAUUCCUGGUGAGUACCGGUUAUUUAUCUUGUACUUUAGGUUUAGUUAUUAAAAGGGUUUCUAAAGGUUUAUAUUAAAACCGAGCCAAAAAUAGAAUACUUUUCCAUAUUAUCCAUGAUGUUCUGACGUUAUCCUUUCCAAAGAUCCUUUUUUUUAUGCUGCGCUAACACACAAAAAAAUUUAAAAUAAACAUACCUUGUUUUAGGUCUAGUAGGUUUAACGUCCCAAGCUUCAAUGGGAAUGCCUCCACUCCCAAUCCAGAGCAUUAUGAACAACAAUGGUACAGCUGGUGGUAUAAUGCAAACUGGUCAAGGAAUCGUCCAUUUCCCUCGAAUGCCUCCACCGGAAAUGCUUCAACAACAGUUUAGGGUAUGUUCUUGAUAAUUCUUUGAAUUUUAGUUAACAAAUAAUUGCAGAAAGUCCUUUUGUUACCUAAAAAUUGAAGGAAAAAUUAACGUUUUAUGACUUACCAUAAGUUGAUAACACGUUAAAGUGUAGUGAUCAUUUACAAAGUCUUCGCGGCCCAAUUUAGCUAUAAACCAUCAAAAAUAAUAUUGUUGUAGAUAGCUAUUUGCAAAAAAAAUACUACUUAACCUAAAAACAGAAUAAAAUAACAAAACUUUAUAACUUACCAUAAUAUAAUUGAUUCUUUUCAGCCCGGUGCCCAUUUACAAAGUCCUCGUGGUCCAAAUCUCAACGAUCUCAUUCUCGCCCACCAUCAUCUCCAACAACAACGUCCAUGGCCCGGUUUGGGAGGCUUCCAACCAAACUACGGCCUCAUGAACCCAGCCAUCUCAAUGGGACUUCCAAUGAAUGCGGCGGCAUUAGCAGCGAAUCCGCAACUCUAUCAACAGCUUCAACAACAACAAGCCGCGCUUCAACAACAACAACAAAACCAGCGAAAUAAUCAGCUUCUGGAGCAGAUGAUGGAGGAAAGGAAACGUCAAGAACAACGUGAGCGAGAGCAAAGGGAACGUGAACAACGCGAACGGGAGCAAAGAGAGCGUGAACAACGCGAAAGACAGCUUCAACAACAACAAGCGGCUCAACAAGCUGCUCAACAGCAGCAAAAUCAACAACAAGAGCUGAUGAAUCAGUUGAUCAUGGGUAAGAUGGGGUUUCUUGAUUUUUCAGUGCAAAAAAAGUUGAUAAAAAGAGGUAAUUGAAGAGAAAAGGAGGAAUUCAAGAAAAAACAAAUAAUUUUUCCAAAGGCAAGGGUGGGCGCAGAUGAAUAAAAGGCCUGCAGGCUGCGGAAAUAUUUUUUACGGCCGAUUUUUAGUAAAUUUACAUUUUUGAUGUAGUAAAAACGUAAAAAUGAAGAAUUGGUAUCAAAAUAAAAACAGAAAAAAGCAUCUAUUAUUUAUAUAAAUUAAUUUUUUAACUUAAAAUUAGGUUUAUGAUCAAACUUGCCAUGGAUAAUAUAAAUUUUCUCAAAUUUUUGAGGUAUUUCAAUUCUAAAAUUUUUAUUUUUAGCCGGAAUGAAUCCCCAAAUGCUGCUGAGCUACCAACUACAACAGAACAUGCUCAACGCUCACGCGCUUCAACAGAAUCCACUGGCUUCAAUGGCUUCGGCGAUGCCAUCGGCUUCACAAAGUAAUCAGAUCAAUGCUCAACAAUUGGAAGCCUUAAUGCGAGCACAACAACAAUCUAUGCCCGCCGGGUUGAAUCCGCAAAUGGCCGCGCUUCUGGCCCAACAAACACCUCAACGACCUACCUCAAACGCCCAACCCACGCCGCAGCCCGCGCCCACGCCUCGAACCUCCUCAUCUGGUGGGCCUUUGGCCGGUCUGACUCAGAUGGCCGGUCUAGGUGGUAUUCCGGGCUUGGGCGCGCAAAUUGCGGCGGGAAUACCGGCUAGUCAGCCGAAUAUGGCUGGAAUGCAGGGCGCGACACCAGAUAUGCAGGCUAUGCUACUACAACUUCUGAAUCGCGGCCCGAAUGGGCUAGGACAGAAAUAA